AUGGCUGCCGGAAGGUUCCUGCUCUACACGGGCCUCUCGCUAGCGCUUUGCGCCCUGGGCAUGCUGGCCGUGGCCGUCUGCUCAGACCACUGGUACGAGACGGACGCCAGGAAGCACAGGGACAGGUGCAAGGCCUUCAACACGCGCCGGGUCGACCCUGGCUUCAUUUACAACAAUAACAACAACUUGCCGCUCCGCGCCAGCCGCUCGCGCCUGGACCGCUGGGAGGGCACACUCCUCCGGGCCCGGAAUCGCCGGCAGCUCUUCGCCAUGAGCCCCGCCGACGAGUGCAGCCGGCAGUACAACUCCACCAACACGGGCCUCUGGAGGAAGUGCCAUCGACAGGGCUUCGACCCGGAGAUCGCAGCCCUGAUUCGGAAAGGAGAAAUUGAGAGAUGCACGUACAUCAAAUACCACUACUCCUCAGCCACCAUCCCCAGGAACCUCACCUUCAACAUCACGAAGGCCAUCCGCCAGGAUGAGUGGCACGCCCUGCACCUGCGUAGGAUGACAGCCGGCUUCCUGGGCAUGGCGGUGGCCAUCAUCCUCUUCGGCUGGAUCAUCGGCCUGCUGGGCUGCUGCUGGGACCGAGGCCUCAUGCAGUACGUGGCGGGGCUUCUCUUCCUCAUGGGAGGAACUUUCUGCAUCAUUUCACUGUGCACCUGUGUGGCCGGAAUCAACUUUGAGCUGUCACGCUACCCACGCUACCUGUAUGGACUCCCCGACGACAUCAGCCAUGGCUACGGAUGGUCCAUGUUCUGUGCUUGGGGGGGCCUGGGCCUCACGCUAAUCUCGGGAUUCUUCUGUACCUUGGCCCCUUCUGUCCAACCUGUCCCGAGGACCAACUGCCCCAAAUCCAGACCCGAGAAUGGGACAGUGUGCUAA